GUGCCAUUAGCCAAGCAUCUGAGCCAAUGCUUCAAACUCUGCUGAUCCUGAGCCUCAGCUACCACAGGCCCCUGAGCCUCUUCCAAGCAUCUGACUGAAUCCAUCUCCAGAGUCGAUCUUUCUCUGAUGAUUCCUCAGCAAAGACCACUGGCAUUCCUGUGACCUCAACCUGCCUGAACAUCACAACUACCAUGUCCACCUGGUUGAUAUACUCGGACCAUGAGUUUGUGGACUGCUGCCUCCAGCGGAUGCAGCUGUUCUCCACUUGUGUGGCUUUCUCCCUGGUGGCUGACAUGGGCAUUGGGCGGGGGGCGGUAGGUAACUGGACCCUGUCCAUCUGGUGCUUCUGUUUUGUUGUGACUCUCAUCAUCCUUAUACUCCAGUGUUGUGAGUUCCCGUCCCGUUUCCCUUUCUUCUGGUACAAAUUUUCCGUCACCUAUGCCUGUUAUGCUGCUCUCCUCUGUCUCUCCACCUCCAUCACCUAUUCCAUCACCUAUGUUCAGUUCCUGCCUUAUGGGCCUUACCGAGACCGGGCCAUCGCUGCCACUGCAUUCUCCUGCAUCGCGUAUGUGCUUUAUGCCAUGGAAGUAGCAGAAAUCUGGGACUUGUAUAAGCUCAAUAGUGUCACCUGCUAUGUGCUCACUGUGCCAGGCCUGCUGAAGAUGCUGGAGACCUUCACGGCCUGUGUCAUCUUCGCCUUCAUCAGCAACACCUCCCUGUACCAGGAGCAGCCGGCCCUGAGGUGGUGCGUGGCCGUGUACACCAUCUGCUUCCUCCAGGCCGCCGUGGUCCUUGUGCUGAACCUGGGGGACUGUGAAUACAGGCUGCCCAUCCCCUUCCCCAUUUUCCAGCUGGGGCUCACCCUGCUCUCCGUCCUCCUCUACGCCAGCGCACUGGUCCUCUGGCCUCUCUACCAGUUUGAUGAGAAGGUGGGUGGCCAGCCCCAGCGGUCCAGCGAUGUUAGCUGCAAAGAUGAGCUCACCUACUAUGUGUGCGCCUGGGACCAACGACUGGCUGUGGCCAUCCUGACAGCCAUCAACCUGCUGAUUUAUGUGGGUGACCUGGUGUACUGGUCCUGUCUGUUUUCUGUACGGACUGAGGAUCAUCAAUGGGCUCCUGAUCCCCUCGUCUCACCAGAGGUAUCUUUACAGAGUUCUGACGUCCCUUGACGUCUUCUUCCUGGCUCUCCUCACUCCCUUCUCACAUCCUUCCUCGCUCAUCUCACUCUCUUUUAUGUCUCCUUCCCUUCUUUGGCUCCGACUCCCUUCCGC